UGUGUAAAUCUGCCUGCUGUGUGUGUGUUAGGUCAGUGUUUGUGGGGCCGAAGCCAUGCUGAUCUUCAGUGCCGGGUGGUGGAGUGUGGUCUUGCACCAGAGCUGAAGCCUUGUGCUGCUCCCCCAUGGCUCUAUGGGAGCUGUUGCUGCUGACUUUCAGCCUCCGCUGCUGGCUGACAAGCUCUGUCAGUUUAGCUGAAGAAGGCCCUGCAGGCCCCCUGGACUGGCUUCUCUCUGAUAAGGGCCCCUUUCACCACUCACAAGAGUACACUGAAUUUGUGGAGAGGAAUCGUCAGGGAUUUUCCACGAGAUACAAGAUCUACAGGGAAUUUGGCCGAUGGAAAGUGAAUAACUUGGCUGUAGAGCGACGGGAUUUCCUGAACUCCCCCUUGCCUCUCACCCCGGAGUUUAUAAGGAACAUUCGACUCCUGGGACGCAGACCCACUGCCCAGCUAAUUACUGACAACCUGAUCAAGAAAUAUGGGACCCAUUUUCUACUGUCAGCUACACUAGGAGGAGAGGAGGCUCUGACUAUAUUUGUGGACAAGAGGAAGUUGAGUAAGAAAGCAGAGGCGAGUGACUACACAAGUAACAGCACGGCCGUGACUCUGGAGGCCCUGCACCAGCUGGCUGCCUCCUAUUUCAUAGACAGAGAGAGUACUCUGCGAAAACUGCAUCACAUCCAGAUUGCUUCCACUGCCAUCAAGGUAACUGAAACAAGAACUGGCCCUCUCGGCUGCAGUAACUAUGACAACCUUGAUUCUGUCAGUUCUGUGCUGGUUCAGAGUCCCGAGAACAAAGUCCAUUUGCAAGGCUUGCAGGUCAUUUUGCCAGAUUAUCUCAGAGACACUUUCGUCCAAGCAGCUCUUAGUUACAUUGCCUGCAAUGGAGAGGGAACAUUUGUCUGCCGAGACAAUGACUGCUGGUGCAAGUGUGACCCCAAGUUCCCAGAGUGCAACUGCCCCUACAUGGAUAUUCAGGCCAUGGAGGAAAGCCUUUUGCGAAUCUCUGAAUCAUGGGCUCUUACCUACAAAGAGUUUGAAGAUUCAGAUGAAUUCAAAACAUUUCUGAUGAGGCUGCCGCAGAAUUUCUUCCUCAACUCCUCAAUGAUCCAGCAUUUGUGGUCGCUGGAUGGUGUGUUUCAGCGGCGCUAUGAGCAGCUGGAAAGCAGCAUGGAAAGUAUCUUCAAGCGAGCCCAACGAGUGGUUUACAAGCUCUUCAGCCUCAGCAAGAGGUGCCAAAUGCAGCCCCACAUCAACUUACCGCGUGAAAGGCCACUGUCGUAUUGGCUGAACUACUUUCAGUCUUUACUAUACUGCUCUGAGAACAACCAGCUAGGCUCCUUCUCAGAAGAGUUGCACACCUGCAUUUGUGCAUACGACCACAGUUCCUGCCAGGUACCUACACCAUGCUCUGUGGGUGAAGGUCCCGCUUGCGCUGCUUGUGCUAGCGACAACCAUACUCGCUGCGGCAGUUGCAAUGUCGGCUACAUGUUAAGUCAAGGGUCCUGUCGACCAAUGGUGGCGGAUUCCACAGAAAACUACCUGGGCUUUGAGACUGAUCUUCAAGAUCUGGAGCUACGCUAUCUCCUACAGAGAGCCGAUCGACGCUUGGAGGUCCAUGCUAUCUUCAUCAGCAAUGACAUGCGUCUGAAUAGCUGGUUCGAUCCUUCAUGGAGGAAGAGGAUGCUGCUCACGCUAAAGAGUAACAAAUACAAAUCCAACCUAGUCCAUAUGCUCUUAGGCAUCUCCAUGCAAAUUUGCCUUACUAAAAACAGCACUCUGGAACCUGCACUCACUCUCUUCAUCAACCCAUUCGGAGGGAGCCACUCAGAGAGCUGGUUAAUUCCUGUGAACGAGAACAAUUUUCCAGACUGGAAGUCUGCUAAGCUGGACCUUCCGCUAGAGUGCUUUAACUGGACCUUGACUUUGGGCAACAAGUGGAAGACCUUCUUUGAGACGAUCCACAUUUACCUGAGGAGUCGCAUCAAAACUCCAGGCGCCGGGAUCAAUGACAGCGUUUACCUGGAGCCUUUGGAAAUGGCCGACCCUACAAGAAAUCUGGGGUAUAUGAAGAUCAACAGCAUUCAAGUGUUCGGUUACAGUAUGCAUUUUGACCCUGAAGCAAUCCGGGACUUGAUCCUGCAGCUGGACUACCCGUACACGCAGGGCUCGCAGGACUCGGCCUUGCUCCAGCUGCUGGAGAUCCGAGACCGGGUCAACCGACUAUCCCCACCAGGCCAGCAACCUCUGGACCUGUUCGCCUGCUUAUUACGCCACCGUCUCAAACUGACAGCUAAUGAAGUGGUCCGGAUUCACGCCUCACUCCAGUCCUUUAAUUCCCGUCUCCCCAAUUCUCUGGAUUAUGAGACCACUAAACUCUGUAGCUAACGGCUAAAGCAUCAUAGCAGAAAGCAAUAGAACAACUGUACAAAUGCAGAGUAGACUGUUAAAGUCAAAGCUGCAAUGACUUUUAGUGGACACUGACAAAAGUUUUUUGUGACUUAACGUUCACUAGUAGAUCAUCUUGCUCAAAAGAACAGACUCAUUUUUAUUGUAUAGUACACUGAGAUCAAAGAGGAGGUUUGAAAAAUAUAUGGAGUGUUUGUUUGUAAUUUUUAUAUGUUUUUUUCUUUCUUUCUUUUGCUUCAGUGACAGUGCACUUUCCUUGGAAAGAAUACAGUGAUGUCAGUCAAUUUUGUAGAUAAAUUGUUAUUAAAACAUCAUGGUUGUAAUGGA